GAAAUUUUCAUCCAACUAUUAACAAGUCUCAACGAUGAAUCUGAUUUCUUCAAUUGUCAUUGCUCUUGGCAUUUAUCAACUACCCUACAUUCAGGCUGAAUUAAGUAUCGUUUCUUUUGAUGUCGAUUGCCCAACGGUCAAUCCCGAAUAUUUCAGUAAUGUAGAAAUAUAUUUAUUAGACGAAGGCAGGGAUAAUGAAUAUUUCGUGAACUUUACUCUCAUUAAAACUUUCCCACCAGGCACUCAGACGCAUUUCAAAAUGAUCGGAGCUACAAUGGGUGAGUAUAAAGUACCAACUGGAUUUGAUAUCGCAAUGCCUUCUUGUGCUUCUGUGAGUGAGCCUAUCAUUGGAAAUCGUAUUUUUGAAUCUCUGGGAAUAAAAAGCUGCCCAGUACAGCCAGGGACUUAUUCAAGUUCUAAGCUAACUGUGAUAGAAACUGCUACUCUUCCAGACACUUUUCCAGCCAAUAAGUACGUGGCAGAAUUUAGUGCGAAAUUGGAAGAUGAAAUCUUCUUCUACUGCCGAAACUUUUUUGAAAUCCAAUAAAAUAUUUAAAUAAUAAGAAUAAU